AUGGUUAAGUAUUGCUUUUUGUAUUUUGCCAUUCCAAUAUGCUACGGAUUCUUUGGGAUUUUUAAAACUGAAGAAAAGGAACAACUGGUCGAUUGUGAGUUUACUUUUCUGUGGACUUUUUGACCAGAGUAGGGUGAGUAACUUAGGAUGAGAUAGUGCUGACAAUAUGUGAGUAAAGCUGGCUAGGUAGGGUAGAUAGGGUAAUUUCUAUGGCAAGGUAGGGUAAUAUAGGGAAAUUUCUAUGGCAAGGUAGGGUAGUACAGCGAAUUUUUUCUAAACUUUCUGACCAAAUUGUUAAGACAUGGCACUGAUGCAAGAAUACGAUGGUAAUGUUGACCAUAGUGACAUGAAUUUGGCUGUUUUGGCACAAAAUCGUACUUGGAAAGAAAAUCGUGACACCACGUAUGCCAAGCUCUUUUACCACGUUUAUAAACAAAAAGAUACGGUAAAAGCACCGUACGAUCGGGAUGUGUACCUUAAUUCGAUGCGGACGUUGAGAAAGAUUGCUCCCUUCUUACGAGAGAUUGAAUUGGAUGGUACUGAUUUGUACGAUGUUACUGGGUGGGAUGAGAGGACGGUAAGGAUACUGUAAAAAAGAUGUUAGAUGCCGACAUAAAGAAUCCGCCAUACUUUUCAUGUAAUUUCCUGUAAAAAAUGGCGGGUUCUUUAUGUCGGCACCUAAUAGUUGUCAUAGAACUGAUUAACUAUGUAUAUCUUCCUACUGUGUACAUAGUAUGUAUAUGAUUUAGAUUCUAAACGCGAUUCGCCAAAACUACACCGACACCCUACGUGAAGUCUACACGAUCGUCUACGCGGCCCAAACUGCAGGUUACAAAGUCUACAAAGCCAGAGGGUCUUUCUUCUUCAAGUCCAAUGAUUGCACAAUACACAAUGCUACACGACUGUGCCGUGAUCACGUUGGUGUGUUGGCGCAAGCUCUUGGUAGACUGAAUGCGUCAAUUUCACAAAAUGGUGCAGUUUUGCGACAAAACGUGUAUAAUGUGCCAUUUGAGUAUGAAACUUCGUACAUUUAUAAUUUAGUUUGA